CGUCUUUGAAUGCAGCAGAGGCCGGAGCAAAUUACGCACAGAGCUGCAAGCACACUCGUAUUAGAUUUCCGUGCAACUCAGAACUGACAAAGCUUAGAGUAGCUUUGUAACCCUGAACUGAUACCUGAACUGGACUCUGACUUGAGAGUGGAUCUAUCAUGACUGCUAGGAUCCAGGGAGCGCCGGGCCGGGACAAACCAGCUCCAAAGAGCCGAGCAACAGAAAUGAUGGGGAGGGUCAGGCGAGCUCUGUGGCUGGUACUGGGCAUGCUCAGUCUGUCCCUGCUGCUGGUGAUGCUGGGAGUCUACACAACCACCCGAACCGAGAGCCUGAAUGUGACUGGCUACAUCUCUGGAGUAAUUCUGACCCUUGGUUCAUUCCUGGGACUUCUGGGACUGCAUCUGGAAGAAAAUCGCAAAAAGCUGCUGACGGCUGCGAUUGUAUUCCUCAGCUUCGGGAUCAUCACCUCUUUUGUGUGUUUGGUGAUCGAUGGCGUCUGUAUUGUCUUAAACAUGGACAUGCGUCCAAUGAAAGCAGGGAGAUGCCAGUAUUACAGCAGCGGCAGCAGCUACGUCUAUGAGAAUUUCUACACCUCUGUGUCGUGUUGGAGUCCAACGGAGUCUUGUAGUAUUACAGUACGAAGUGGGACCUGCUACUGCUGCGACCUGUACAACUGCGCCAAUGGAGGCUACCUCAGCAACUACUACGAGUAUGUUGGAGUACAAAGCUGUGAGGAAGUUUUCACUCUGUACAUUUUAAUUUGGAACCUUACUGGCCUGAACCUCGUGGCCUUCUUCACAGGCAUCCUUACUACCGCUGUGCUUGGCAGCAUCAAGGACCUGAGGAGUAGCGGCCCUGUGACCGAGCCCUCUGAGAGCACAGCAUCUUCCCCGACAGCUCCUCUGAUGAUGGACGUCGCCAACUCCCACGCAGUUCACUAGCUCCACCCAGGAGCCUCCACGUAUUUUCCUCCAGCUGAAGGGACGGCUGCCACAAACUUCUCAUCCUUCAUGGACUCUUCACACUGAGUCUAACGCUCCUCCCUUCACCCCGCUGACCAGUCGGCUGCCUUACAGGGUCCACAGCAUCUCUGCACGAGCACAGCCUUUUACCAAAUAAUGACCAGAAAACAAAAGCCGAAAGAACAGAAAGGGAUAAACAGAUAAGUUUUGAUUUUUUGGUUGAUGUUAUAAGAAUGUGAGAGACUACAACUGGCACAAUAAAAGAUGUUGCUCUGAAUAUUAUGCAGAAAU